AACACGAUACUCAAGCGUGCAAGAUGGAGCCCAGUAGCGAAGACAAGAAUAACAGUUUGGAUAAGAGUUCGGACGAAGAAAUUGAUGAAGUUUUUUUGGAAGCAAAGAAAAUUAAUAGACGACCAAACGUAAGUGUCGCGUGGGAGUACUUCGAGAUAGAAGACAGCAAGAGACACAUAGCAACAUGCAAAUUAUGCGGCGGCAGUCUCUCCUACAUGUCAUCAGUUACCAACCUCAUGAAGCAUGUGAGAAGGAAGCAUCCCAUCGCCAUACAACCUGAAGAAGAAAGCGAAUCAGAUAAUGACGUAUCCAGGUCAGCAGCGAACUCGAUUUCGACAUCAACAAUAUGGACGUAUUUCAAAAGCACGGAUAGAGUAAAGAAAGUUGCUAUUUGUCUUAUUUGCAAGAAGCGACUGUCGUACCACACGUCGAUGACAAAUUUAAAACGACACUUAGGGAGAGCUCAUCCUAAUAUAGAUUUGAGUGAGAAGAAAAAAGUUAUAAUAUCCCGUAAUGGACAAUUGUAUGAAAUUGAGGAGACCAAAGAUGGGGAAGACGUGGAUGACGAACAGACUAAUAUCGAGGAUUCAGUGUUUUUAAAUGAAUACGAUGACAACAUAACCAAAGACAAUAAAGAAAGAAUAAGGCGCGAACUAUCGACAAAAGCGCGCGAACGUGUAGUUCCACUAAGUGACAGCUCAAAAAAGGAACGAAAACGUAUAUAUGUCGAUGAAAAUAACAGUAACAAAAGUAACAGUUCCAACGAACGAUAUCGAAAACGACACUUUCGGACGCGGGAUAACGACAGUUUGGAACAUUUUGCCCGAUAUUUAAUAUCGCUAAUGAAACAGUUACCGAGAGAAGUAUCGAGUCAGCUGCAGGCUGAUUUUGUUAAGCAAAUCAUCGACGCGCAACUGACGUCCGAUACGCAGACACGGAACGGGUAUAAAAUAACAGUUGUGGAACAGCCGCACAAAACGGAACAGGCGUGUCAGGAAUAUGUCACAGUUGAGGGGGCCGUCAUUGAAACUGUGGAGAUAAGUACAUACAUACCUAGAAAUGCCAACUCACUCAUGUCAGUUCUGUUCCACGCAGGCGAGGAAUCCGACAACUCCUCGAAGCAGGACGACCUGAACUCGUACUUCGAGCUGCAGACAGGUGGCCGCGUGAGAUGCGUGCUCUGCCACUCCUCGGUCCCGCAGCGGGAGGAGGCGCAGCGAGCACACAUGCAGGAGAAGCAUCAGAAGCUGGUCAGAGAUCAAGAUCAGGAACAGGAAGAGGACCGCAUGCCGUUCCACAGCGACGACGAAAACGAACAAGACAUAUUUAGUAACGUGAUCUACGUCGACGAGCAGAGACAAGCAGAAAAAUCUCCACCCAAAAAGAACAGUUCGAAACCGCUAAAGAAGUUCACAUCGCAAAAAAGGCGGGAACGCGACAGCACCUCGUCCGAAGAGGUUGUAAUACGUAAAAAGAAACUUAAAAUAGAUAACGAUGAUGAACUAGAAGGAUUCCUGAGAUACAUAGGUUGUUUGUUAAAGAAAUUACCGAACGAAAAGUUUAUGCAGUUGCAAAUGGAAAUCGUUAAUUUAAUAAUGAAAACGUCUAUGCUCAAUCAAAACGAUACUUCAGUUACUGUUCCGGUACCUAGUACCAGUUAUUACGUUACAAUGCCCGAUAAAGUACUUCAAAGUGAUACUAGUUUAGGAACAGUUACGCAGGCUAAUAUUUCCACAGAUCUCUGUGGGAAUCCGUCGACAAUUAUUAUAAAUUCAGUUAAAGAAACAGAUGGCAAUGAAAAACAGUUGUGAAGUCACGUGAUCUGUGAAUAAAGAAA